CCCCCCUGGCUGUGCCCCUCUCGUCCCUCUGUCCCUCCGUGGGGCCGGACACCCGUGCCCAUGUCCUGUUCCCUCCGGGAGCCCCCUCAGCGCGGGGUCAAACAUUAACCAGAGCUGUGCAGGGGCCAGCUGUCCCUGUCACCCCCCGCCACGGCCCCUGUCCCCCCUCCCCGUCCGAGUGGGCACCUGGCCACAGGUGCUGCGUGGCAGGGUGACAUCAGCGGGGACACGGGGGGAUAAAAGGGCCAGCACGGCGGUGGCAGCAGCGGCACCAAGGAGCCGGCGUGUCAGGCAGCGUCCCCUUGUCUCGCCGUGUCCCCGUGUCCCUGCCCGAGGAAGUAGGUGAGUGGGGACGGGGAGCUGCAGGUGUGUGACAAACGGGUGUGUGACAAACAGGUGUGUGACAAAUGGGUUCGUGACAAAUGGGUGUGUGUGUGACAUGCGUGUGCAAUGGUUUGUGCAAGGCUGCAGGUGUGCAGGACUGGGACACGGGGUGUGCAGGGGUGGGAGUGUGCAGGUGUGUUCAGGUGUGUUCAGGUGCAUUCAGGUGUGCACAGGUGUGUGUGUGAUGUGUGUUCAGGUGUGCAGAUGUGCGCAGCUAUGCACAGGUAUGUGUGUGAUGUGUGUUCAGGUGUGCAGAUAUGCGCAGCUACGCACAGGUGUGUGUGAUGUGUGUUCAGGUGUGCAGCUGUGCACAUCCACGUUCAGGUGUGUGUGAUGUGUGUUCAGGUGUGCAGCUGUGCACAGCCGCGUUCAGGUGUGUGUGAUGCGUGUUCAGGUGUGCAGCUGUGCACAUCCACGUUCAGGUGUGUGUGAUGUGUGUUCAGGUGUGCAGCUGUGCACAGCCGCGUUCAGGUGUGUGUGAUGCGUGUUCAGCUGUGCAGCUGUGUGCGUGCUCCAUGUGCGAGCGCGCCCUGUCCCGUUCCCACCCCGCUGUCACCCCGCUGUCGCUGUCACAGCCAUGUCCCCGCACCGGCCGCCGCUGCUGUUGGUGGCCUGCGCUGUGGUGGCGCUGCUGCCGCUGCGGCCCUGCGCGGCCCCGGUGCAGCCCGCCUACCCCGGCGACGACGCGCCCGUGGAGGACCUGCUGCGCUUCUACAACGACCUGCAGCAGUACCUGAACGUCGUCACGCGCCCGCGGUAUGGCAAGCGGGCAGGUGGGCGAGCGCUGGGCCAGGAGCCCCUGGGAGCCCCAGGCUGCUGA